UCCCCUCAUUAGCGCCCUCCAGUGUCCGCUACAGAUACCAAGCAACUGACACUGUUCAACAUCAGUGUGAAGAUGGCGGAGGGUGAAUUGAACGUGGAUAGUCUCAUCUCUCGGCUUCUGGAGGUGCGGGGAUGUCGUCCGGGAAAGAUAGUCCAGAUGACCGAGGCAGAGGUCCGUGGCCUUUGCAUCAAGUCCAGGGAGAUCUUCCUCAGUCAGCCAAUCCUGCUGGAGCUCGAGGCACCUUUGAAGAUUUGUGGUGACAUCCAUGGGCAGUACACUGAUCUCCUGAGGCUGUUUGAGUAUGGUGGCUUCCCUCCAGAAGCAAACUAUCUCUUCCUGGGUGAUUAUGUGGACAGAGGGAAGCAGUCCCUGGAAACCAUCUGUCUGCUGCUGGCCUACAAGAUCAAAUAUCCAGAGAACUUUUUCCUGCUCCGAGGAAAUCACGAGUGCGCUUCCAUCAAUCGCAUCUAUGGCUUCUAUGACGAAUGCAAGCGCAGGUUCAACAUUAAGUUGUGGAAGACCUUCACAGACUGCUUUAACUGCCUCCCCAUUGCUGCUAUAAUUGAUGAGAAGAUCUUCUGCUGCCACGGAGGGCUUUCACCUGAUUUGCAGUCAAUGGAGCAGAUUCGCAGGAUCAUGAGACCGACGGACGUGCCAGAUACAGGCCUUCUGUGCGACUUGCUGUGGUCGGAUCCGGAUAAGGAUGUGCAGGGCUGGGGAGAGAAUGAUCGUGGCGUCUCCUUCACCUUUGGGGCUGAUGUGGUCAGCAAGUUCCUAAAUCGCCAUGACCUGGACCUCAUCUGCAGAGCCCACCAGGUUGUGGAGGAUGGAUACGAGUUCUUUGCCAAACGCCAACUGGUCACACUUUUCUCUGCUCCAAACUACUGCGGGGAGUUUGAUAACGCAGGCGGCAUGAUGAGUGUGGAUGAGUCGCUCAUGUGCUCCUUCCAGAUCCUGAAGCCCUCCGAGAAGAAGGCCAAGUACCAGUACGGCGGCGUAAAUUCUGGUCGGCCUGUGACCCCACCCCGCACCACCCAAGCUCCCAAAAAGAGGUGAACACCCAACUGUGGCUUGUCCCCACUCCUUGUCAUUUUGUCCAUUCCAGAUCUGCCUUCAUGGCGUCCCCACAACGCCCCCUAGAAGAGAGAAGAUACGGGGGUUGUCUGAUUGUCCAAAUCCUCCACUCCUCCACUCAGCCAGCCUUUCGUCAACAUCACUGACAGCUCUUUUCUUAAUGUGUACGUGUAUAUAAAUUUGCUGUGACUCAUCAGUUGGGUUGUUUUGCCUUUAAAUUUGGAUUUUGUUUGGUUUUGUUUUUGAAAAUAUUAAAAAAUUAACCUUAA